CCGCACAAAACUGUCAUGUCUCCUUCGUUGGUUUCAAACGGCGAUUUCACUCCCGUCAAGUCCGGUCAGGUCACUGGCCGCGUGGCUUCAGUCUACAGUGAGGUUCAAACGAGUCGUAUCGACCACAAGCUUCCUCUUCCUUCCGUUCUCCGUAAUACUUUCAAAAUUGUCGACGGUCCCGCCAGCUCAGCCGCCGGCAAUCCAGAUGAGAUUAAGAAGUUGUUUCCGAAUUUGUUCGGGCAACCGUCGGCUAGUCUGGUUCCAAACGACGUUAAUACGCUGCCAGCGGAUCAGAAGUUGAAAAUCGGUGUCGUUUUGUCUGGAGGCCAGGCACCAGGUGGACACAAUGUGAUCUCAGGAAUUUUCGAUUACUUGCAGGAUCGCGUGAAAGGUAGUGUUUUGUAUGGAUUUAGGGGAGGUCCAGCGGGGGUCAUGAAGGGAAAAUACAUUGAAUUGACUCCUGAUUAUAUUUAUCCGUACAGAAACCAGGGUGGUUUUGAUAUGAUUUGCAGUGGGAGAGACAAGAUUGAAACUCCGGAGCAGUUUCAACAAGCUGAAGAAACAGCUAAGAAGCUGGAUUUGGAUGGCCUUGUGAUUAUUGGUGGUGAUGACUCAAACACAAAUGCUUGCCUCCUUGCUGAAAACUUCAGGGGUAAAAAUCUUAAAACUCGGGUGAUUGGCUGUCCAAAAACCAUUGAUGGUGACUUGAAAUGCAAAGAGGUUCCCACAAGCUUUGGAUUUGAUACAGCGUGCAGGGUAUAUGCUGAAAUGAUUGGGAAUGUGAUGAUAGAUGCACGGUCAACUGGAAAAUACUAUCAUUUUGUACGGCUUAUGGGGCGUGCCGCUUCACAUAUUACUCUUGAGUGUGCCUUGCAAACUCAACCAAACAUCACCGUUAUUGGAGAAGAGGUUGCUGCUAAGAAGCAAACACUUAAAAAUGUCACAGACUACAUUGUAGAUAUAAUCUGUAAACGUGCUGAACUUGGUUACAACUAUGGUGUCAUACUCAUUCCUGAAGGUCUAAUCGAUUUUAUUCCUGAGGUGCAGCAGCUUAUUGCAGAACUUAAUGAAAUUCUAGCCCAUGAAGUUGUUGAUGAAAAUGGGCUAUGGAAAAAGAAACUCACUGGUCAGUCUGCACAGCUUUUUGAGUUUUUACCUCAAGCUAUUCAAGAACAAUUGAUGCUUGAAAGAGAUCCCCAUGGAAAUGUCCAGGUUGCUAAGAUAGAGACAGAAAAAAUGUUGAUUGACAUGGCUGACACUGAGUUGGAGAAGAGGAAGAAGGGAGGUGCAUACAAAGGGGUAUUUAAAGGGCAGUCCCACUUUUUCGGGUACGAAGGAAGAUGUGGUUUGCCAACAAACUUUGAUGCUUCCUACUGUUAUGCGCUGGGUUAUGCCGCCGGAGCUCUUCUUCAUAGUGGGAAAACUGGGUUGAUAUCAUCGGUUGGAAAUUUGAGUGCUCCAGUUGAUCAAUGGACUGUUGGUGGAACUGCUCUGACCUCCUUAAUGGAUGUGGAGAGGAGACAUGGCAAGUUCAAGCCUGUGAUCAAGAAGGCCAUGGUGGAACUUGAAGGUGCUCCAUUUAAGAAAUUUGCAUCCUUGCGGGAAGAAUGGGCGCUCAAAAAUCACUACCUUAGUCCUGGUCCUAUCCAAUUUGGCGGUCAAACAGCCACUGCCGUUAAUCGCACACUGCUCUUGGAGCUUGGUGCUAAAGUUUAAGCAUGCUAUCAAAAUUCAUCUCAGAUGGAAGUUGAUUCGCCCAGAGAAAAGAAAACAAUAACGAGCUUACUACUAUCGCAUUAUUCUUCAUCUGUGAGUUAUUUUUGUUUAUCUUGUUUUAUGCAAGAAUUUUCACUUUCACAAUUAAAAAAUUUUAAUAAAAUAAUAAUAA